AUGCCAAAAAAAUUAUUGUACUAUAUUGUGCCAAUCUUAUAAAUAUCAACUAUCACAUUUAUUGAUAAUCCUUGGAUGAUAUUAUGGUCUAUUUAUGUUAUAAUACCUUUGCUAGAUGAAAAACUUUCAUUUGAUUACUAUAAUCCAAAAUAAACAAAAGAAUUAGAAAAUGAUAUUUCAUAUAAAAUACCUCUUUAUUUAGUAAUUGUAUUAGAUUGGUGUUUGAUGUUUACUGUUUUGAAUCAUCUAACUUAAAAUGAUGUUUCAUGGUUUGAUGUAUACUAUUUUCAUUUAAAUUUUAGACUAUUGGAUUAAUGUCCAUUUGGGGAGGACUAUCUUCUAAUAAUUUCACAGUAGGACAUGAACUAUUACAUAAGGACACCCCAUUGGAUAAGUUCCUUGGAACCUAUACGUUAGUGAAAAGUCUAUAUUGUCAUUACAAUAUUGAACAUGUAUUCACUCAUCAUAGAUAUGUUGGUACUCCAUUAGAUGCAGUAUCAGCAGAAAAAGGGUAAUCAUUACAUUCAUUUAUUCCUAAAGCAAUAUUUAUAUAAUGGAAAGAAGCUUGGAAGUAAAAGAAAAAGAUGUAACGAUAUACAAUCUUAAAUAUCUUAAUGUGCAUUUUCAUUUAUAGAAUAUAUUCAAUCAAAGGAUUCAUCUACUUUUUAAUAUAAGUUUAUUAAAGUAUAGCAUAUUUAGAGGCUUCAAAUUAUAUUGAACAUUAUGGUUUAAGAAGAAAAUUAUUGGAGAAUAAUGAAUAUGAAUAAAUUAGUGAUCAUCAUUCAUGGAAUGCACCACAUAGAAUUACUAAUCAUUUAUUGUUUAAAUUAUAAAGACAUAGUGAUCAUCAUAAAUACCCAUCAAAACCAUAUUAAAUAUUAGAAAUAGAUCCUGAAAGUCCUAUAUUACCAUGUGGAUAUUUAGUAAGCAUAAUGAUUGCUUAAUUCCCAAAGGUUUGGAUGAAUAUAAUGGAUCCUUUAAUAACAGGAUAUAAAUCUAAAUAAUUAUAUGAAGAAAGCAGAAGAAAAGUAAAAAGAUUUAUAAUGAAAUUUGCAACAUUUGCUAGUUGUUUAAUGAUUUAUUCUUUAUAUGAUUGA